AACUUCCCUCCAACCCCAAAAGAUUGAAGGGGGGUUGGGAGUGGGGCUCAAACAGAAGAGCUGGUUUUGUGCCUUACUCCUGUCGUCUUUGAUUCCCUCCUGUAAUUGUAUAGUCAUGGACCGGGUGCGACCCUGCAAGUUAAGCUCCGCCCCGGUCGCCAACUCCAAGCGCCAUCGGGAGGUCCUCCUCGGCAGGUACGAGCUUGGCCGCCUCCUUGGCCGUGGCACCUUCGCCAAAGUCUACCUGGCGCGCUCGGUCAGCGACGGCGCCGCCGUUGCCAUCAAGGUCCUCGACAAGCCCGAGGUGGUGGGUACCGGCAUGGCGCGCAGCGUGCUGACUGAGGUGGCCGCCAUGCGCCGCCUCGCCCACCCCAACAUCCUGAAGCUCCACGAGGUCAUGGCCACCCGCUCCAAGAUCUACCUCGUCAUGGAACACGCCCCCGGCGGCGACCUGCUCACCUGCGUAGCCCGCUGCGGCGGCCUCCUUCCGGAACACGCCGCCCGCCGUUACUUCCAGCAGCUCGUCUCCGCCCUGCACUACUGCCAUGCCCGCGGCGUCGCCCACCGCGACCUCAAGCCCCAGAACCUCCUCCUCGACCGCGACGGCAACCUCAAGAUCUCCGACUUUGGCCUCGCGGCGCUCCCCGAGCAGCUCCGCGACGGCCGUCUACAGACGGCCUGCGGCACCCCGGCCUACACCGCGCCCGAGGUGAUCCGCCGCAAGGGGUACGACGGUGCCAAAGCCGAUGCCUGGUCCUGCGGCGUCAUUCUCUUCGUCCUCCUUGCCGGUUCUCUGCCCUUCGACGACGCUAACCUCGCCCUCAUGUACCGGAGGAUUCACAAGCGCGACUACGCGAUUCCGAAAUGGGUUUCGCCGCCGGCACGGCGGCUCCUGUACCGGCUGCUGGACCCCAACCCCGAGACCAGGAUCACCAUCGCCGCACUGAUGGGGAACCCUUGGCUGAAGCGGUCCCUGAGCUUGGACUCGCAGCUAAGUAGUAUCGUGGACCAGCCUCCGACGACGAGAGAUUAUAUCACGCCCGUCAUGAACGCAUUCGACAUCAUAUUGCUGUCGUUGGGCCUGGACUUGUCUGGGCUCUUUGACGAGGCCAAGAACAAGAAGGAGAAGAGGUUCAGCUCGACACACUCCAUCGAAAAGAUCUUGGAGAGGAUUUCGGAGACGGGGGGAAAGCUGGGCUUCGUGGUGGAUCGGCGGAAGGGAUCAGCAGGAGGGACGGUUGCUGCCGGGUUGUCGAGGCAGGGUUCGAUCUUGUCGGUGGAGGUGUCGGAGGUGGCCUCGCCGCUGAUGCUAGUUGAGAUGAGACUGGAAGACUGCAGCGGCGCCGACGACGAAGGAUUCAGCUGGGAGGACCUGAAGGCGGAGCUGGGGGACAUGGUUUUCGCAUGGCAUGACAGUGGGGACUCAUGAGCCCGCAGCGGAGCUGAGAUUGGUCGUAAUAAUAUUGCAAGUAGAGGAUUCAUGGAGGAGACUUACCUCUCCUGCUUCAGUGGUUGCAGUUUUCUGUGUUGUGUGUUUUGUCUCAGUAGUGUGUUUUCUGCGUUGUAGUGUAGAUAGAUAGCUCUUUGGCCAUCCAAGAGGUCAAUUUGAUGUAGACAAAUUGGUUUGGUUUGGAAACAGUUCUCAAAGGAUUAAUUGAGUAUAUCUGCAAGCAUGGCAUGCAAGAGAAGUCAUAGGACAGUGGACA